GAUGGACCAGUCAAGCCAGUGUUAACGAGCCUGGUUUCCUUUCAGCCCAGUCCUGGCACCUUCCUCCUCUGUGGACAAAGGGAAGAACAAUGGCUUUACUGUAGAUGGAAGGUGUUGACUUUUGAGUCUCCCUGGAGCAUUUGUGGUAGAAGUGUCUUACAGGAAUGCCUCUUCUCGGAGAAGGCUGGCCUGGCCGAGCCAGCAGCCACCUAUGGCUCCACUGAUGUUUGGUCUUAUCCUUGGCAAACCCAGGGCAGUACUGUGGGUGAGGACACGUUCGUACGGCAGUCACAGGCAUAGCCUGGAGCGUGUCAUCCAAUCCAGCAGCAUAACAUUUUGGGGAACUAGAAAGCAUGUCUUUCCACAUAUGUUUUUUGUUUGCUUUAAAAGACAUACUUUCUUUCCAAAUUCAGAUGCCUUGAACUUUUCAGAUAGUCUCCACGCUGGUAGAAAAAACGCUAUGAAAUUAGGGGAAGCCUGUGAAGUGGAGAAGCAGCUCGGGGCAGGAAGGGGAAGUGAGGCUGUUGAAAGAGGCAGUUGGCUCUGGCCUGUGGGAGAACUGCACCUCUUCAGGAGUGGCCACUGGGAUGAUCCUCCAGAGGUUCCUGAGUGUGGAAGUUGAAUUUUCUAGAUGCAAGACAAAUCAGAGUGGUGUGGAAAUUUCCUAAACUCACUGAAGCAGACUCCCAAUGGCGCUGUCGGACAGUUCAACCAUCCAGAUCAGAAAGGGUGCGUGAGAUGACUGACUGGUUGACAGAAAGUCCCCAAGGACGGGGCUGCAAGAUUUAGCCACUCUUAGUUCCCUUCCUGGCAGCCUGGAACCUGCCUCCCAGGCACCUCAGGCGCCAUGGACUCCUCAGGAUACAACUGCUUUGUGGACAGAGACAAGAUGGACGCAUCCAUCCAGGACCUGGGGCCAAAGGAACUGAACUGCACUGAGCUUCAGGAGUUGAAGCAACUAGCACGCCAGGGCUACUGGGCUCAGAGCCACGCCCUGCGGGGGAAAGUGUACCAGCGCCUGAUCCGGGACAUCCCCUGCCGCACGGUCACACCUGAUGCCAGUGUGUACAGCGACAUCGUGGGCAAGAUUGUGGGCAAGCACAGCAGUAGUAGCCUGCCCUUGCCCGAGUUUGUAGACAACACUCAGGUGCCCACCUACUGCCUGAACACGCGGGGUGAGGGGGCUGUGCGCAAGAUUCUGCUGUGUAUCGCCAAUCAGUUCCCCGACAUCUCCUUCUGCCCUGCCCUGCCUGCCGUGGUGGCCCUGCUGCUGCACUACAGCAUUGACGAGGCCGAGUGCUUCGAAAAGGCUUGCCGCAUCCUGGCCUGCAACGACCCCAGCAAGAAGCUCAUUGACCAGAGCUUCCUGGCUUUUGAGUCCUCCUGCAUGACGUUUGGGGACCUGGUGAACAAGUACUGCCAGGCAGCCCACAAACUGAUGGUGGCUGUGUCGGAGGAUGUCCUGCAGGUCUACUCUGACUGGCAGCGGUGGCUGUUCGGGGAGCUGCCCCUCAACUACUUUGCCCGUGUCUUUGAUGUCUUCCUUGUAGAAGGCUAUAAGGUAUUAUACCGAGUCGCUCUGGCCAUCCUCAAGUUCUUCCACAAGGUGAGAGCAGGCCAGCCCCUCGAAUCAGAUAACAUAAAGCAAGACAUCCGCAUGUUUGUCAAGGACAUUGCCAAGACAGUGUCCCCUGAGAAGCUAUUAGAGAAGGCCUUUGCCAUCCGCCUGUUUUCCCGCAAGGAGAUCCAGCUCUUACAAAUGGCCAAUGAGAAAGCACUAAAGCAGAAGGGCAUUACUGUCAAGCAGAAGAGUGUCUCACUUUCUAAAAGGCAGUUUGUGCACUUGGCUGUCCAUGCAGAAAACUUCCGCUCAGAGAUUGUCAGCGUGAAGGAGAUGAGAGACAUUUGGUCCUGGAUCCCUGAGCGUUUUGCCCUCUGCCAACCCCUCCUGCUCUUCUCCUCUUUGCAGCAUGGGUACAGCUUAACCAGGUUCUAUUUCCAGUGUGAAGGACACGAGCCCACCCUCCUGCUCAUCAAGACCACGCAAAAGGAGGUUUGUGGCGCUUACCUGUCAACAGACUGGAGCGAAAGAAAUAAGUUUGGAGGCAAACUGGGGUUCUUCGGAACUGGAGAAUGCUUUGUUUUUAGGCUGCAGCCAGAGGUGCAGCGUUACGAGUGGGUGGUCAUCAAGCACCCAGAGUUGACCAGGCCGACAUCCCUCAAGUCCUCAGAGACUGCAGCUGCUCCUUCCCUCCUCAGCCACUCCGUCUCUUCAGACCCUGCUGAUCGGCUGUCUCCUUUCCUGGCUGCCCGGCACUUCAACCUGCCCUCCAAGACAGAGUCCAUGUUCAUGGCUGGGGGCAAUGACUGCCUCAUCAUUGGGGGAGGAGGUGGCCAAGCACUCUACAUUGACGGGGAUCUGAACCGAGGCCGCACUGGACACUGCGACACUUUCAACAACCAGCCCCUCUGCUCUGAGAACUUCCUUAUCUCAGCUGUGGAGGCUUGGGGCUUCCAAGACCCUGACACCCAGUGAUGGGUCUGCGUUCGUGGUGACUGAGCCUCGUUGUGGGGUGAUGGGGUGGAGGCCAAGCUACCUCUUGAGGGAGCAGGGCAUAAGUGAAACACCACCCCCAUGAAGCAAGCAGGCUUGCUGUGCAGUGGGGGCGUCAGGAGCUGUGCAGUGGGAACGUCCUGCUUAGACUUGUUAGGCUAGUACCCCUGAACCCUCCUGUUUCUGAGCUCAAGGGGCUAUUAUGCCCCAGCCCUGUCCAGUGUCUGCCCUCACCCAGGGUCCUGGGUUGCAUGGAUGUGUCCUAUACCCAAGAUUGCAGGGCUACAAUGCUCUGCCUCUGGACCUCAGCCCCUGUAGGGAAAGGACAAAUCAAUCUUGCUAAAUGUGGGUCUGUGGUGCCCCCUGCUGGUCCUCUGACCCCCUGAGCUCCCCUGAGCUAUGUUUGGGGCUGCAGAACAAGAUAGGGGAGCGCAGGAUGUGUGCAGAGCUCUGCGGCCCCCCUGUCCUAGAAGGGAUAGACUCGGGAAGCUGUCUUGUCUUUGUGUUUCUGCAGCACCUGAAGCUCUUGGUGCACCUCACUGCAAGUCCACACCUGAAGGUGGCCUCUGGAGAGACUUUCUUUGACCAGCUUGGCCAGUCAGCUCCAUUUCCAGGGCUCUCCUUAGAGCUGACUGGACUCUGAGGCAUUUUGCCCACCUCCUGUCCAUCCUUGUAGCCUCCUUGAGCUCCUGUAGUCUUUGUGACUCUGUCCCUUUCCUCGUCGCUGUCAUGACGGAAGCCCAGGAUCACCCGAAUCCUAGCAUGGCAUGCUUGUCUCAGUCCAGCCUUCUGCCUUCCCAGGCCUGUGGUUCCCUAGACCUGUUCACACAGCAUCAGAUAAAGCAGUGUGACUUCUGAUCUCUGCUGUCACUAUGGCUAGCCACAUGUCAUGUUUUCUGUGUGCUACCCCUUCUCCCAUUACGGCCUUCCAGUCUCUGGAUGUCUGUGCUCCUUGAGCCCUGUACUGACCCGGCACAGCAGGUGCCAAGGGAACUGCUGCCUCUGAGGACUGUAGCAAGCUCCAUUUCCCCGUGACCUCCCGCCCACCCUGUGACCUCCCUCAGCUGGUCCUGAGGGUCUUGGCACCACAGAGGAAGAGAGAAGAAGUAGCCCAAAUGGCUGUGCUGGGGCCGCAGAAGUCUGGAUCAUAAGAACAGUUGCCCGGUUCCCACAUGACUGUGUCUGGCGUGCCUGGGUCAGCGGGUAUCACACCCGUGUUUGUCUCUACACUGAUAUAUUUGCUGUGGGAGCUGCAUCCGCCCCUGCCCCAUCUAGUCAUACCAGCUUUCAGCACGGCCGCAGUGGCACAAGAGACGGCAGGGACGAGUUCCCUGAAGUUUUGGGCCACCUGAUAAACCCGCAUAGAACUUGGACUCUGCACAGUACACCUUUUACUCCUAACAUGCUGGCCUCUAGGACAGGUCGACCUGACUCCAGAGGGAAGGAGUCCUGGGAGGAGCUGUUGCUGCUCACUCUGCAGAGUGGUAGCCUGUGCCGCCAUUCCUCUGAGUCUGCUGUCCUAGACCUGCACCUCCAACUUCAGUGUUCCUUUAAUGCCAUCUUGACUUUUGUGAUUGUUGUUUCUGGCAAGAUCUUACUAGGUAGCCUA